AAAGUAAAAUUUCUAUGAUCAAGGUUUUUUGAUUGUAGUGUCUGAACAAUUAUAGAUACGUUUGAAAACAUUUCACACGUUUUAGUGCUUUAGCAGGCUACACAAUGAGUCUAUACAGUUAGCAUGAUGUUAGCUCUUAACUGCUGGAUCAUGAUAGUUUUUCAAACUUGUGGGUCCGGGGUGAUUUGUGCCAAAGGGCCUGGGUUAAGUUGUGCCAGUGGCACAACUCACCCCCACUUUUGAUUAUUUUCAACAUAUUGUUAAUUUGCAAUUGUACAUUGUACUCUUACAUUUUAGCACUUAAACUAUGUGAAAUUCUUGAUUUUAGACCAAAACUCAUCAUGCCACGCACUUAUAAACGGAAAACAGACAGGGCUUCAACUCCUCUUGUGGAGUUGGACAGAGCAGUGAAAGAGGUGCAACUAGGAAAGACCAUACGUCAGGUGGCAAGGGAGAUGAAGAUCUGCAGGAUGACCUUGAAAAGAUUCAUGGAGAAGAAAAAGAUAGGAGAAGUAACAAAGACAGGGUAUAAGAGAACAGAACUUGCCAACCAAGUCUUCAGAGAAAACAUGGAGACAGAGCUGGCAGACUAUAUAAAGGCACUAGCAGCGAUGUUUCUAAGGCAAAGUUGUAAGAAGUCUGUGGAUGGAAAGCCCAUCUUUACAUUUAAAGUUCCCAUGACAUGCUGCUUUUUGGAUGCUUUUAUAUAGGCCUAAGUGGUCCCUAGUACUGUAUCUGAAGUCUCUUUCCCGAAAUUCAGCCUUGGUGCAGAAUUUCAGUCACUACGAGCCAGUUCCACAAUGAGCUUUCCUUAGGACGUGCCAUUUCUGUGUCUGUAGCUUUAAAUGCUAAUGAGGAGGAGAGAGGCGGGGCAAGGUGGAGGGUGGGUGUGUGGCCUUAACCAGCUUACGGCCAUGGUACCAAGCGCUAAUGUUGACAGUGGAUGUAUCGCAAUGGCUCGUAGACACGCAGUAGUUCAAGCUUUUCAGUUUGACCCAGAAUCUGAUCCAGAUGGAGAAGCACCGGAUGAAGAAGUUGCAACUCAGCGGCUACAGCAGGACGUCUCCGAAUGAAUAAAUCCACCUUAAAUGUGCAACCACCCUCUGUGAAUUUAUUACCACACCCUGGGAAGUGUUACAUAUUUUGGCAAGCCAAUUAGCCAGGAGCUGCAAGUUACAACGAGUGAGCUCCAGAGACUAAUCUAGACAACAAAGCAGUGUAAGAUGGCAAGCAUGGAUGAGCUGCGUGAUCAGAUCAGCGUAGCACUACUGAAGCUGAACAAUUCUGACCUUGUUCCAGUCUGUAAACAUCUCAAAUGUGAUGAGCCAGUUGGAGGCUUUGAAAACAAAACACGACGUGCUCUCAUCAGACUGAUGGAAAAAACGCUGGAUAGUAUUGAAGAAACAGAGGAUAAAGAGGUGUUUCUUCAGUGUCUGGAGAAUCUGCGGUCGCUAAUAGACUCUGUGAUAAAGUCAACCGAAACUGCAUCGAACAUUCCACCAGACGAGCCUAAUGAGUUGGACAUGUUGAAAGAGAAGUAUACAAGACUGCAGAUGGAACAAGCUCAAGCCUGUCAGACACUUGAGGAAGAGAUUGUCGCAAUGGAACAACGUCUGAGGGAGGAGACUAGAGCUAUCACAGAUAAACCACCUGCGCUGCCUGAGGUGACUCUAAGGAGAGAGUUUCGGAUCUGUGGACAAAUUGGGGAAGCAGGACAGCGAGAGAAACUGUCCUACACCAGCCUCAUGAACCAGAUUGAGUCCGAACUGCAGAAGGGUCAUCCAGAGACAGAGAUCAUUGAGGCUGUGACACGCGCGGUGAGCCCAGGCCUCCAUUUAAGAGAUAUGCUUGAAAUAAAACGAGAUCUCACUCUUUCAACCUUGAAGACAAUUCUGAGGGACUGAGGGAUGCAGAGCAUGUCAGGAAGCUCGAGUUGGUGAGCAGUGCGAACAUUGCUUUCGUUGUGGACAGGAGGGACACCUGUCCAGAGGAUGUCGGCGACCCAGAGAACAGCAGGGAAAUGGGAGAGGGCUGCUGCGGUGGGACCCUCAGUAGCCCAGGAAAUAGAGUCCCCCCUCGAUUACUCGAAGCAGACUGUGAAGCUGAAUGACUUGGAAAAGACGGUUAAUGACAUUUCUCUUUACCAAUAUGUGAAACUGAUAAACCUCAUUGGCAGAAAAUGCCUGGUUCACUGUUUGCUGGAGGGAGUUCCUGUGGAAGUUUUGUGGGAUACAGGAGCACAGGCAAGUGUUAUCAAUGAGGAAUGGAGAAAAGAGUACGUACCUCAUCGAAUGGUGAGACAAUUAUUAGGCUAAUAUUAAUAACCUUAUUAAUAAUAUUA